AUGAGCACUAGCGCUUCUUCCGCUUUCCCCGAGCCGUUGUUUUCGCACGACUUUCUGGCGCAGGAGUUAGGCGCCGACCGGGUCGACACGGUUGAGGGGGGCGAGCAGGGCUCUGACAAUGGAGCGCACGAUGGACUCUUGGAUGAGAAGGAUGAGUCCGACGAGCAGGACAGUUAUGUCGACCUCUUCGGCGCUUACGACUCUGAAGACGAGAACGAGACGGCCAAGGAGGGCGGAGCCCCCGAGCAGAGUGCCAACAACGUAGAGCACGACAACCUCUUCUUGGACGACGAGAAUGACGAGAAGGACACGAAGAACAACCUCUUCCUUCACGGCCUCCAUGAAGAUGACAACGAGGGCACCGACACUGCCGUUGGCACGCCCGCCACAAAGACCUACUCUCCGGCCUUCGAAGGCCUCUCCUUCCCUACCAUGGGCGGACCCGUCACAAACCCGCCCCAUCUCGCUGAUCCCGCCACGUUCGAGCGUGCGCCCACCCCGGAAUACGUCCCCUUCCCCGAGACGCCUGUUUCGCAUGAGAUUCCGGACCGCGACCACAGUGUCUCCCCCACUGGGGUCAAGACGCCAUCCUACAGCCGGUCUCGCGCAGAGUCGCCUCUGAGCCCUGUUUCGGCGUCUAUCUUGAAGCUGGCCAGCCGGUCGCCGUCGCCUCCGCCUGCCAUCCCUGCGCGCAACAUCUCCGCAUCGCCAACGAUCAUCACUUCCUCCGCCACCCCUUUAACAGCAUCUUCCACUCAUCCAAAGUCAGGCGCGCAAGCCGUCUUUCCCGCUACACCGGCUGCUACUCCAACUCCAAAUCGCUCAUCAGUUGCGAGGGCGCCGAAAGCCAGAAUCCCAUUCCCCUUCAAGAAGAAGUCCCCGUCUACACCCGCGACUGGUCCCGAGAAGGCAUCAGCCUUAGAUCAGCGCGAUGGGCAGGAGCCGAAGCGCCCUGCCAUACCGACCGCUGCCCAUCUCGAGGACGCGGCGGACAGCAUAGAGAAAGCCAACACCCGGUACCAUAAGGGUUCGAUACUGCCUUCUGGCCCCUACACUACUUCGGCAUCCACUUCUACCGCCGCACGUCUUGUCGCCACUCCCUCUGCGCCUCUCAAGGGACCUUCGACGAAUGCCUUGUUUGCGCAUGCGACGGUCGCCGCGCGACAGAUCUCGGAGCACGCCACUUUCCAGAAGCCAGUAGCCAGCAGCGCUCGCGAGCGCAUCGCACAGCCAGUCUCUAACAAGCGCAAGGCAGAGGAGCCGGGCUCGGGCGGCUCGCCACCGAAAAGGUGCAAGGAAGAAGAGGCUCCGCGCGCGAGCUCGAGCAGGUCUUCGUCGUCCACUAGACAGGCGUCGACGUCUGCGCGCACCUUGACAGCCCAGCCCGCCAGACGCACGACGAGGCUCAUAGAAGACCCCCUGCCUCUUCCAUCCACUAGCAAGGUCGAGAAGCGCAAGAGGUCGAGGGCGUCCGAGCAAGAUGGCUAUAACACGCACGGACUCUACAGCUGCAAGAUGCCUGUGCAUAGCACCUCCUUGAGAGAUCGCCUCAUGGGCUAUGUCCCUCCGCCCAAGCCAUCGACCGUCGCCAACCUGGAGGCGCGCAUGCAGAUGGCCAGGGCGCCGAAGGCUCCGGAGCCAUCCGUCGAGGUGGCUGCCCCGCCCAAGACCAAGAAGCGCGAGGCGGUCGAUGAUGGUGACGAGGAGUCUGAACCUGCACCGGCAAAGAAGACUAAGCGAGUGGAGAGCACGUUGACCCAGAUGUCGAAGAAGCUGAGGGCGAUGAACCGCCGGGUUCGAUAA